AUGUCAAGGCCCAUCAUGUCGAAGGCAACGGCCCUGAAGAUAUCUCGAGCACAAUUCGAUAUCAACAAGAUUCGGUUUUUUGACUUUUUGAACUACAAAUUCAGAUUCUUGUUCUUCUGCUGGUUCGAUUUACCCUGCUAUUUCAUUUCCAAGGGCCAAUAUAAUUUUGCUGCCCGAGUCGCAUGCACCGAGUUGUCUUCAUACGCUGCUAUGUAUUUUCUCGCAAGAUGGAAUUUUAAGCCAACAUUGUUUGUCUUCCUAUUGCCAUUCGCAAUCCUUCGAUUAGGUUUGAUGAUAGGAAAUUGGGGGCAACACGCUCUAGUUGAUGAUGUUGACCCAGACUCUGAUUUUCGAUCAAGUGUUACUCUUAUUGAUGUUCCAUCGAAUCGAUUCUAUUUAAAUGACGGCUACCACACAUCGCAUCAUCUCAACCCUCUACGCCAUUGGAGAGAUCACCCCCAUGCCUUCCUUACUGCAAAAGACCGAUAUUCGAAUGAAGGCGCUCUAGUAUUUCAGAUUAUCGAUUACCUAGAAAUAACGUAUCGAUUGUCAACAAAGAAUUAUAUAUAUCUGGCUAGACAGCUUGUCCUAAUCGGAUCUCAGGUCGGCAUGAGUCAAGAAGAAUUAGCUGCUAUGCUGAGAUUGAAGACACGGAAAUUCAGUGAGAAAGAAAUUGCAAUUGAACUCAAGAAAUAG